UUUCACUUGUUAGUAUUUUUCCACGCAGCAUAUUUCAAAUAACUUAAACCUGUCACAAUUUAUUCUUGACUAAACUGAGCAAACAAUAAUCCCAAACUGUAGAUCCAAUUUCACCCUAUUAUCUAUUUUAUAUGAGCUGGCGGUCAUCGAAGGGCACGGCUUAUAAAAAAAAAACUGAUUUGAAUUGAGGACCACCCGCAAGCAAGGUUAGACCGUGCUGCUAUCACAAACAUAUAAAUACAUAAACUAGCAAAACAUUCGCAGUAUUAGUUUCGCGACUCCCAAGAUGGCAACAACAACUCAGACGCCAACUUUUGGCGAUAUUUCGGCAAAAUUCACUUCUGCAACGCUCGAUGAGAUUAUCCGGAAUGCUGGCGGAACCAAGCAUACCUCCUACACUUGGGGUGAAGGCGGCAAAAAGGGAGAUUCCUAUUUGAGCAAAGUUUUCCGUAUGUGUGUCUAUGGUGUCAAGGAGCCCGAGAACACAACGCUGGUAGCGAAUGUUAUUAUUAAAGCCAUGCCAGACAACUUGCAUAGACGACGACUCUUCCGCUCGACGGACUUUUUCCGCAAUGAGAUAAACUUCUAUCAGAAAGUGGUGCCAGCCAUUGAGGCCUUCCAGGCAAGCCGUGAUCCCAAGCCCAACAACCCAUUCGUUGAGUAUCCCAAGUGUUUAGCCGCUCUAUGCGAUGGUGUCAAUGACUUCAUUGCCCUAGAGGAUGUUGGCUUCCGUGGCUAUCGUGCGCCCAAUCGUCAAAGCUACAUUUCUCUGGAGGAUGCCCUAUUGACAAUGCGUUCGCUGGGUCGUUAUCAUGGCGUGGCCUUGGCAUUUAAGGCAUUGGAUUCGGAUAAUUUUGAAAAGGCUGGCAGUGCAUUGGAGGAGACCUACUAUAGUGAGCAUACCAGAGAAUGGUAUACUGGAUUCCUUGCCCUGGCCGAGAAUGUGGCUAGUGAUGCAAUUAAGAAGACGUAUCCACAUACAAAAUAUGAAACAAUAUCCAAUAAUUUCCUGCAACCUCAACUCUUUGAUGAUCUAAUCAAUUUGGUUUCCACGCGCUCCAACUUGACCGUUUUCGGUCAUGGCGAUUGUUGGACCCCGAAUUUCCUUACUCGUUACAAUGUUGAGGGUAAACCAGAGGAGAUCAUAAUCAUUGAUUUUCAAUUGGCACGCCUUGCCUCACUGGCCCUAGAUAUUACCUUCUUUAUAUACUCGUGCACCAGCCAGUCAUUACGUGAGGAGCACUAUGAUGAACUAUUGAGAGCAUAUCUGGAGAGUGCACAGAAAUUGAUUACCGAUUUGGGUGGCAAUGCGGAGGCUAUUAUCAAUUGGAAUACCUUGCAACAGGAAUUGCGUCAAUUUGGUCGUUUCGGUUGCGGCAUGGGCAUUGAAUCGUUGCCCAUGUCUCUGAUCGAAGACGAUGAGGUGGCCGAUUUGGAUGCCAUUGUUGAGAACGCUGUACUCACCGAUGUUUGGAAUAUAACACCAUUUAAGGAGCCUGGCAAAAGCCAACGUAUUGCUGAUAUAUUCAAGCAUGCCAUUGAUCAGGGAUAUCUUAAAUAAGGAUUUUCUCUUUCUACAUAUAUCAAAUAUUGACAAUAUGAAUAAUGUACCUCAAACUUUUUAGACAUGAGUCGAAUAAUUCCAAUUGAAUACUUUUUGACUUUUAAAUAGAUAAAUAAAAUAUAAUGUAUAUUAUACAUA